AGUAUACUGGCGGAAACAUUUAUUCAGCGUCACAGCGAUUAACCAUUCGCGGGGAUGUUCUGACAACAGCGGCAAUGGUGUUUUUAUUUAUGGGAUAAAAAAAACCUCGCCACACACUGAGGGAAAAACUACAGCCUGUUCUCAUUUGGUGUGGAUUUCUGGUUAUUUUGACGAUACCGACUGGACUUACGUUGCAGCCCUUUGCGCUGCGCUGACUAGCUCAAGCAACAGUUGCCUCAUACCCAGCACAGCCCCCAGAGUCCAGCAGCACAGAAGAGUGGACAAAGCGAUGGCCACCGGUGUGACACCCCCAAAGAAGAGGGUGAGCUCGGAGCGCCGCAAGGAGAAGUCUCGAGACGCAGCACGCUGUAGGCGGGGCAAGGAGUCGGAGGUCUUCUACGAGCUGGCCAAUGAGCUUCCUCUUCCUCACAGUGUCUCGUCCAACCUGGACAAAGCCUCCGUCAUGAGGCUCACCAUCAGCUACCUGAGACUCAGGAGGCUACUCAACCCUGCGGUGAAAGUGGAGCAGGAGACUGACCUGGAUGUGCAGAUGAACAGUGCGUUCCUGAAGGCCCUGGACGGCUUCUUCAUGGUGCUGUCUGAGGACGGGGACAUGGUCUACGUGUCCGAUAAUGUCAACAAGUGUCUGGGCCUGCCCCAGAUGGACCUGACUGGCCACAGCAUCUUUGACUUCGCACACCCCUGUGAUCACGACGAGAUCAGAGAGAUGCUGGUCCACAAAACAGCUUCGUCUAAGAAGGCGCGGGAGCAGGACUCAGACAGGAGUUUCCUGCUGAGGAUGAAAUGCACCCUGACCAGCAGGGGGCGCACUGUCAACAUCAAGUCGGCCACAUGGAAGGUGCUGCGCUGUUCGGGCCAGGUGCGCAUGUGUGAGAUGGCACUGCCAAGUCUGGGUGGCGAGGAUGGCAGUGUGAGUGUGAAUGGUGGCUGUGACCUCAUGGAUGGUGUUGUGAAUGGCGGCGGCGGUGACCUUUUGAGCGGCAUUGUGAACGGCUGUGGGACUGCUCCUGGCAAGCCCUCGUCCCCCCUGGUGCCCUCCCUGCUGCUCAUCUGCCAGCCCAUCCCCCACCCCGCCAACCUGGAGGUGCCGCUCGACUCACGCACUUUCCUCAGCCGACACACGCUGGACAUGAGGUUCACCUACUGUGACGAACGGGUUACUGAGUUGUUGGGGUAUGAACCAGAUGACUUCCUGAACCGCUCGGUGUACGAGUACUACCACGCCCUGGACUCAGACCACCUCACCAAGACACACCACAGCUUGUUUGCUAAAGGCCAGGUGUGUACAGGGCAGUACCGUAUGCUGGCCAAGAGGGGGGGAUUCGUCUGGGUGGAGACCCAGGCUACCGUCAUCUACAACAACAAGAACUCACAACCACAGUGUGUGGUCUGUGUCAACUAUGUGCUCAGUGGUGUGGAGCAGCAGGAGCUGGUGAUGUCCCUGGAGCAGACUUGUGUGCCGCGCGUGAAGCAGGAGAGUCCAGAGGAGACCAGCUGCCUUGCCCUACACUGCCCCCUUCAGGCGGCCAUCAAGAAGGAGCGGCAGCAGUUCCAACAGUCACAGCAGCAACCUCCUCUUCUCCUCCUGGAGGACAAGAAGCAGCUGAGACUGGAGGUGGAGGAGAGAGAGGAGACUAAGAAAGAGGAGGAGGAGGAGAUGGUGGUGACCAUGAUGAAGGUGGAGACUCCAUCGGUGCAGGUGUUGAGGGAGGAGCCAGAGAUGUUGUCGCUGCUGUCUAAUUCACCUAUCACAGGAGACGCUGUCCUCUCGCUGGACCUCCACACAGACUCAGACAUCACGGUCCUGAAGGACGUGCAGCUCUUCAAUGACGUCAUGCUGCCCUCCUCCGCCAGUCUGCUGGCCUCGUCUGACAUCACGCAGACCGCCUUCCCAUCAUCCUCCACCUCAGACUCCUCCUCCAGCGCAGAGAGCUCCACUGGGCCGUGUAGCCCUCUGGAGCUGUCGAACCUGAGCAGCGACUUCAAGACCGACCUGGUAGAGCGCCUCUUCUCCAUGGAGAUGGACCCAGACGGACCCUUCCCCACACAGUCAACAGAUGGGCUGGACCUGGAGAUGCUGGCCCCGUACAUCCCCAUGGACGAUGAUUUCCAGCUGCGCACCCUCUCCCCCACCGACUCACUCACGCUCAGCCCCCUCAAACUCCAGUCCCAGGCUCCCACGCCCUCUCCCUGCCAUCAGGCCUCCUCCUCUUCCUCCUCCUCCUCUAACUCCAGCCGCAGUGUGACGCCGCUGGCCGCGCUGGUUAACCAGAUGGAGGCCCACAAGCCCCUGUCCCCACCAGCACCAGCACCAGCACCACAGCUCCUCCACAGACCGCCCCCUCUGGCCAUGGAGGGUACUGCAGAGCAAACCAGCCUCAGGAGCACCAGCGACAUGCCAAAUGCCACUGGCAGCAGCGUCCCAUUAAAGAGAAAAAUGGAGACUGUCACAACACUCUCGCAGGCCGUCGGACUGGUGGUGUUAGAUGUGGACCAGCCAGGCAGAAAGAUCCAGAGGCUUCAGCUGGCUGGAGCGGAGGGUCUCUCCAACACCACCAUACUACUGCUGCCUUCCGACUUGGCCAGCAAGUUGCUGGCUCGUUCUACUAGUGGCGCGACCACUCUUGGGUCCCUUCCUCAGUUGACCCGUGACGACUGUGAGGUCAACGCCCCGGUAACCGCCCGGCAACACCUACUCCAAGGGGAGGAGCUUCUGCGGGCCCUGGACCAACUCAUCUAAAGAGAAAAAAACAAACAAACAAACAAGCAAACGGAUAGGCCACGCCUUCUCAAGGAUGACGACAUCGCGUUGAUGGAAACAUUGACGAAACGUCAAGGGAGCGUUGAAGGGACAUCAAUGUCGAGAUUAAAGUCCCCCCUUGUUUCUGUUCUCCGAGGAUACUCUUUUGUCACAGUGCACUUUCAUUAUAUAAACGUCGCCCCUCAACUCUCCAAGCAACUGCCACAUUACUACCCUCCGGUAGGAAAGAGGGAUUAGAGUAGAGGAGAGGAGAGGCGAGGAGGAGAGGAGAGGAGAGGAGAGGAGAGGCGAGGAGGAGAGGAGAGGAGAGCUAGAGGAGACACAUUGAUUGGUUCAGAGUGACUGCUGCCCCCAGCCACCCACUGCCCCCCUUCCUCCAAUUUUGUUUUCAUUUUGUUUGUAUUGUGUCUAUUGGUGAUUCUGGUCCAGGUCCAUUGACAGGACGUGUAGCAUGUAUUGUACAACAUACGGAUACUUACGUGCUAUUUCCUGUAUCCGUGGUUGCUGAUAUAACUAUGACCUCAGCGUCAGCUCUGUUUUGUCACUUGCUGUCGGUCACCCUUUAAGCAAUGUGUGCUGCAUCGCAAACGAAAGAAAAAAACUUUUCUGCUGAGACGCAACAAUUUAUUACCUACGUACAUUCUUGACAUGGACGUACGUACACUACGUCUGUGUGUCAGUGUGUGUGUAUUGUGUGUUCGCUGGUGUCAUUCGCACACAUUUCGAGUGUAGUGUGUGUGUGUGUGUGUGUGUGUGUGUGUGUGUGUGUGUGUGUGUGUGUGUGUGUGUGUGUGUGUGUGUGUGUGUGUGCAAGAGAGGGGAAAAACAAAGAGAAGGACAGUGUCUAUGUGUAUGUGUGUGUAUGAGACAGAGUUGGGUGUGUGUAUGCACGUGCAUAUACACUGUAUGUGUUUCUGUGUCGAUGGAGUCUGUACGCACACAGUCUUCGAUUUAAAUGGUCUGUCACACGCACACGUUGACCUCCGAAUGCUUUACUCUAACAGCCACGACCAUAGGCGCACAACUGUACAUACAAAAAUAUAUUAUAAAUAUAUUGUUUUUUCUCCAAAAAGGGAAGAUUUGAAAACCAGCAGCUCAUGUAAGACAUUCAUCAUGUUUGUUUUUUGUUAAGUCCACUGAACUAAGAGUGUCACCACCGUGUGUUUCCUCUGAAUUUUUGCUGACUCGCUAAUCAUAGUUGCCUAAUCGUAGAGCUGUGUUACAGUGUCCUAAGUGUGCUAUAAAAUGGGCUUAAAAACAUACAUAGGCUGCUUCUGUCUGUCGUUACUUCACCGCUGUCUUUGCACUUCAGUAGAUGUUACAGGAAUAUUAUGCCAAUCUAGAUGACAUAACUUCUGUAAAAGGUGUAUUCAAAUAGAGUAAUGAAGCACCCUGUGGUUAGAACCAUAUGUCUGCAUUUAUUUUUUUUCUUUUAUUUUUUAGUUUGCACAGGCUGGGCUGUGAGCUUUUUAAAUGUGUAAAUGUGAAAUGAUUAAAUGUAGCCAACAUGUGCUGUACAAUCAUGUAUUCCUCCAAACAUGGUGCAUGUUUGCGUCAUGCAGAUGUUUAUGUUUUACGCAUCAACUGGCCAUGGAACAUGGGACGCCUGGCGGGAAAGCGGUUGUUGUUUUACCGUUUUUUUGGCCCAUAAGUCUUUGUAGUCUUUGUGUAGAAACCAUAAAUGACUCAUUUACAUUGUUGGACGCAGCGAGUGUUUUAUGCUCUGUUCUGUUCCUGUCCAAGUGUUGUCAAAAAUAAAUAAAUAGCUGUC